GUCACGUGGCCGCCGGUGGCGGCGGCGGGGCCAUGAACGCGGAGCGGGACCUGUCGCCGCUGACGCCCGGCGUGGUGCGGGCGCUCACCGACAAACUCUACGAGAAGAGGAAGGUGGCGGCCUUGGAGAUAGAGAAGCUGGUGCGAGAGUUUGUGGCUCAGAACAGCACAUCCCAGAUCAAACACGUGAUCCAGAUCCUGUCACAGGAGUUUGCGCUCUCCCAGCACCCCCACAGCCGGAAAGGAGGACUCAUUGGCCUCGCUGCUUGCUCCAUUGCCCUGGGCAAGGACUCUGGGCUGUACCUGAAGGAGCUGAUCGAGCCGGUGCUGACGUGUUUCAACGAUGCUGACAGUCGGCUGCGGUACUACGCCUGUGAGGCUCUCUACAACAUUGUCAAAGUGGCCAGGGGCUCUGUCCUCCCACACUUCAAUGUGCUCUUUGAUGGCCUCAGCAAGCUGGCUGCUGAUCCUGACCCAAAUGUCAAAAGUGGCUCCGAGCUCCUUGAUCGGCUCCUCAAGGAUAUCGUGACAGAGAGCAACCAGUUUGACCUGGUAGGCUUCAUUCCCCUGCUGCGUGAGAGGAUUUACUCCAACAACCAGUACGCCCGCCAGUUCAUCAUCUCCUGGAUCCUGGUCUUAGAGUCUGUGCCUGAUAUCAACCUCUUGGAUUACCUUCCAGAAAUCCUAGAUGGACUCUUCCAGAUUCUGGGAGACAACAGCAAGGAGAUACGGAAAAUGUGUGAGGUGGCUCUUGGGGAAUUCCUCAAGGAGAUCAAGAAGAAUCCCUCCAGUGUGAAGUUUGCAGAAAUGGCCAAUAUCCUGGUGAUCCACUGCCAGGCAGCAGAUGACCUGAUCCAGCUGACAGCCAUGUGCUGGAUGCGGGAGUUCAUCCAGCUGGCUGGCCGGGUGAUGCUGCCUUACUCCUCAGGGAUCCUGACCGCCGUCCUGCCGUGUCUGUCCUACGACGAUCGCAAGAAGAACAUCAAGGAGGUGGCAAAUGUGUGCAACCAGAGCCUGAUGAAGCUGGUCAUCCCAGAGGAUGAUGAAAUGGAUGAGGCCAAGCCAUCUGUGACUGUACCAGCAGAGCCUGCAUCAGAGGAGUCCCUCUCCAGGCCAGAGGCAGUGACCACCGGUUCUCUGGAUGCAUCUGGUGACUCCAGCAACGGUGGUGUCUUCACAGUAACCAGCUGUGAGAGGAUACAGGUGACCCUGAACCUGGAUGGAAUAGUUCAGGUGCUGGACUACCACCUUAGUGAUACCUCCAUUGGGAUGAUGACCAGAAUUGCAGUCCUGAAAUGGCUUUACCACUUGUACAUCAAGACUCCUCGUAAGAUGUUCCGACACACCGACAGCCUCUUCCCCAUUUUGCUGCGGACCCUCUCAGAUGAGUCGGAUGAGGUUAUCCUGAAGGACCUGGAAUUGCUGGCUGAGAUCGCUUCUUCCCCAGCAGGACAGACAGAGGAGGGUCAUGGUCCCUCCGAUGGCUCCGAUGUGCGACCUGGCCCCGUGGAGCUUCAUGUCCCAGCCAGGGCUGGCCAGCUGAGCUCCUCCACUACAAAAGGCCUGGAAUGCUCACCCUCCACCCCCACCAUGAACUCCUACUUCUACAAGUUCAUGAUCAACCUGCUCAAGCGCUUCAGCAGUGAACGGAAACUCCUGGAAACCAGAGGAGCCUUCAUCAUCAGGCAGCUUUGUCUACUUCUGAAUGCAGAGAACAUCUUCCACUCCAUGGCAGACAUACUGCUUAGGGAGGAGGAUCUCAAAUUCGCCUCUACCAUGGUCCACACCCUCAAUACCAUCCUGCUGACAUCCUCUGAGCUCUUCCAGCUGAGAAACCAACUGAAGGACCUGAAGACCCCGGAAAGCCGGAACCUCUUCUGCUGCCUGUACCGGUCCUGGUGUCACAACCCUGUGACGACUGUGUCCCUCUGCUUCCUUACCCAGAACUAUAAGCAUGCCUACGACCUCAUCCAGAAAUUCGGGGAUCUGGAGGUCACCGUGGAUUUCCUCACUGAGGUGGACAAGCUGGUGCAGCUCAUCGAGUGCCCCAUAUUCACAUAUCUCCGCCUGCAGCUGCUGGAUGUGAAGAACAACCCCUACCUGAUCAAGGCUCUCUAUGGCCUGCUGAUGCUGCUGCCCCAGAGCAGCGCCUUCCAGCUCCUCUCCCAUCGCCUCCAGUGCGUGCCCAACCCAGAGCUCAUGCAGACCACGGUCGCUAUGGAAACGAGCAGAGCUGGGAAGGAGGUUUAUGGAGAAAGACUCCAGCAGCUGGGGGGGGGGGGGCUCCCAAAGCAUCCCCCCUGCAGCCUGGACAGCCUUCACAGCACCCAAAAGGAGCCUGGCAUCCUGCUAAAGCCUCCGGAUGGCUGCUCCAUUCCCACUCCUGGCCUUCGGGGAUGCGUGAGAUGUGCAAGGGCGGCAUCUCCCUGGGGACCAGCUGAGAUCCUCAUGCUCCCUGCCCAGGGGUGCUGCCAGUGGGAUUUGCUUUCCAACCCUUAGCUAAUGAGUAGUGGGGGGGCUUGAUGAUAAAGCUGGCUCUGCCUUGGCGCAGCCCUGGGAACAAAAAGAGCUCCCAAGAUGGGCAGGUUUCUGAAUUAACCCCCUGCUGCUGUUGUCGCUCCUUGGCUUUUAACUGCUUCCCUGGGAUGGCUUUUAUCCCUCAUGGCCUCCGGCACUGAGCUCCUACCCACAGCCCAGCGCUGAUAUUUAAUUGGGGGGGCGGAGAGGGGCAUGCAUGUGCUUCCCCCUCCUUUUUUCUCCCCACUAACCCUGGCAGUGGGGGUUUUUCGAGCUGUCAGACAGCCUGAGCAUCUGAUUAACUCUGACCUACAUUCCUUCAAACACCGAAGCCGGCUUUCAUAACCGGCCAGUCCCAGCUGCCCCCUCCCCAGGGACAUACCAGGGCCACCAGAGCUGCCUGCCAUCUUCCCAUGGGCAUCCUGUGGCUGGUGUCUGCUGCUUCCUUGCAUGGGGACAGCACAGGGAUGAGCAUCCAUGGCUGGUACCCUAGGGAGCCUGCAUUUGGAGGCUCCAGCCAUGAGUGCUCAUCCCUGAGGACUGUCCCUGUGCCACUGGAUGUUUUUUGCUCGCUUAAAGAAGCAGACAUGGAAACUGAGGCAUAUGACCCUGGCAUCCUUAUCUCGCUGCUCUUGACUGCAAUGGGUUGGGAUAGAGAGGAGUAUGUGUCAGAGAGAUUAAACCCCCCAUGUGGGGCCAAGAUGCAGAUGUCCCGUGUCCCCUCCUUGUCCCAGGACCUCUUGGGCUCUAUCUCACACCUUUAGAGGAAGAAAAUAUGUCUUUGGGGUUAUUUUAUGAGGCACCAGCAUUACUAUUUUAGGAUUUGCUGAGCUUGGCUUCUUCAGGACAAGGUUGUGGUGCUGCCAGUGCUGGAUGGUCGCAACACCAAACAUCCCCAUCCCCUUCCUACCCUCUCUCUUCCCACC